AUGAAGUUUGCAUCCGCUUAUCUUGAUGAUAUGCCCAACUAUCGCUCGAUUCAUGCAGAAUUGGGAUUAUGGGAGACUAGUUGGAAAAAAGGCUUCGAAGAUGUUGUGCAUGACUUGGUUGCAGAAACUCUACAUCAUUGUAAGGAAUUUGCCUACCCAAAUAUUUUUACAGCCCUCAAGAUACUCGCUGUUUUGCCAUGCGAAUGUGAACGAUCUGUCUCUGCUCUUCGCCCCAUCAAAAUGUGGUUGCGAAGCACGAUGACCACUGAACGAUUGAAUGGACUUGCACAGAUGCAUAUAAACGAUGAUAUUCCUAUUAAUCUUGAGGAAGUAAUCAAUUCGUUUGCCAGACAAAACCCAACGAGAAUGCAAUUCCUCGUCAUCCUGUAUGAUCAAGAAGAAAAAGGAAGGAAUUUAAGUAAUCAAUGA